AUGUUCGGGAACAUCCGCUCCACCGUCCUGUCCCUGAUGAUCGGCUCCUACGCCUCCUCCGCCGUCACCUUCCCCGGGGUCAAGCUGAUCUACGACGCUGGUGUGUCCUUCACGGUCAUCAUGUGGACCUGGUCUGGACUCGCUGCUCUGGUCUUUGUCAACUGCUUCAUCAACUGGCCCCGAGAGUCUUUCCCUGGUCCAGAAGAUCCACUCUACACUAAAGCAGUGAUUAAGGACGUGACCAUGAUGGAGGACAGUGCGGCGUCCAGCGAAAAAGAGGAGAGCGAGGACCAGCAGGAGUCUUCCCAGAACUCGGUCCCUCUGUGUCGCUCCAUCUGCUCCCCCAUCCUCCUCUGGAGCCUCAUCACCAUGGCGAUGACUCAGCUCCGCCUCAUCUUCUUCAUGGGCGCCAUGAACAAGAUGGUGGAGUUCCUGGUCACACAUGGAGAGACUUCAGAAGAUCUUCUAAAAGAGGCAGAGGUCCAAGUGAGCUUGUACUCGUCUGUGUUCGGAGCGAUGCAGCUGCUGUGUCUGCUCACCUGUCCUCUGAUCGGAUACAUCAUGGACUGGAGGAUGAAGGAGUGUGUGGACCUCGACACACACAAGAGCCAAUCAGACGGUCCGAAGCAUGACCGUAAGAUCCAGAAGCUGACCAAUGCCAUGCGAGCGUUCGUCUUCACCAACCUGCUGCUCGUGACGUUCGGAGUCCUCUCCCUCAUCGACAACCUGCCGCUUCAGAUGGUGUCGUACGUCCUGCACACUGUGGUCAGAGGCUUCAUCCACUCGUGCUGCGGAGGUCUCUACGCUGCUGUAUACCCAGCGAACCACUUUGGGACUCUGACAGGGAUGCAGUCGAUGGCGAGUGCGGCGUUCGCUCUGCUGCAGCAGCCGCUGUUCAUGCUGAUGGUGGGAGAGCUGCGAGGAGAUCCAUACUGGAUAAACCUGUCGCUGCUCAUCGUCUCUCUGUCCGGCUUCCUGUUGCCGGGUUACCUCUUCUACCACCGUCGAAACCUCAUCCGCGCACAGGCCCCGCCCCACAGGAACACUGAGGACCAAUCAGAGCCUGCCGCCAGCCCUCUGCACCAGUCACAGCAGCCGGCCAAACCUCCGAAAGGCUACGGGAACAACAACGUGAUCUGA